AUGGUGGACCUUUCCCUUUAUCUGGUCACGGACUCGACCCCCGCCAUUCUUAAGGGUCGAGACCUGUGCACGGUUGUAGAGGAGGCUCUCAAAGGAGGUGUCACGGUCGUGCAAUACCGGGACAAAACCAGCGAUACCGGGGUCUUGGUCGAGACGGCCAGGAAGUUGCAUAAACUUUGCCAGGCCUACGGAGUUCCCCUGUUGAUCAACGACCGAGUGGAUGUCGCCGUUGCCGUUGGCGUUGAGGGCGUUCACCUGGGUCAAGAUGAUAUGAAAUUCGAGGAAGCUAAGAGGCUUUUACCCAAGAAUGCCAUUAUCGGCAUUAGCGCGUCCUCCAUCGAGCAGGCCCAGAAGGCCAUUGCCGACGGGGCCGACUACCUUGGGAUUGGGGCGAUGUUUGCCACUCCGACAAAGACCAACACCAAGUCCAUUAUCGGGACGGUAGGAACCCAGGCGAUCUUGAAUGCCAUCAGCGAUGCUACCAACGUGGGCACCGUCUCCAUUGGCGGUAUCAACCACUCCAACGUGCAGCGAGUCAUGUAUCAGUCCCAGUCCCCGAAGAAGAAACUGGACGGGGUAGCCAUUAUCAGCGCUAUCAUGGCAGCAGACGACCCUAAGGCAUCCACCGAGGAAUUGGCCAGACUGAUCAAGUCUCUUCCCUCAUUUGCGCUGACGCCGAGACCUCCGCGGGCCAACGAGGCCGAGGCAUUGAUCCAAGAGGUACCUCAGAUUGUUCGCAAGAUGGUCGAGGUGCGCCCGUUGGUCCACAACAUGAUUAAUUUUGUGGUAGUCAACUUUGUCGCGAAUGUGGCUCUCUCGAUCGGCGCAUCACCUAUCAUGGCUCCCCACGGCGACGAGGCUACAGACCUGGCCAAGUUGGAUGGAUCUCUUCUCAUCAACAUGGGCACUUUGAACGGCGAGAGUGUAUCCAACUACCUGAAAGCCCUCAAGGCUUAUAACCAGCGUGGUGCACCGGUUGUCUACGACCCAGUCGGCGCAGCUGCAACUGAGAUCCGCCGUAACGCGGUCUCCACCCUUAUGGCUGGAGGCUACUUCGAUCUUGUUAAGGGUAACGAGGGUGAGAUUCGGCAGGUCUGGGGUAGCAGCGCCGUGCAACAGCGCGGUGUCGAUAGCGGGCCGAGUACGCUCGAUGGCCCACAAAAGGCUCGUCUGGCUCGCGAUCUGGCGCGGAGAGAGCGCAAUGUUGUGCUGAUGACCGGCGCUGUUGACUAUCUCAGCGACGGCGAGCGCGUAAUUGCCGUCGAGAACGGGCACCACUAUCUGGGACAAGUGACGGGAACCGGCUGCGCCAUCGGUACCAUUUCAGGCUGUUUCCUAUCUGCUCACCGUUCCGACAAGCUGCUUGCCGUUCUGUCGGGCCUUCUGAUGUACGAGAUCGCGGCCGAGAAUGCUGCAUCUAAGGAGUACGUCCGCGGGCCCGGCAGUUUCGUUCCCGCCUUCCUCGACGAACUAUACGCCAUCCGGACAGCCGCGGCUAAAGGCGAUGACAGCUGGUUUGUUGGUCGGGCAAAGGUGCAUGAAGUCAAACUUUAG